AAAAACCAUAAGCAGUCACAUUGUGUGUGUGAAAAAUAGCUGAUAUAAUUUUUAACUUAAUGAAUAACUUGUGGCAAGUAAUUCAAAAUGACACAGAGCGCUAUGUGAAUUCGUCUGGAAAAGGCCGCAUGUAGUGCAUAUAUAUAGCGCGGCCAUGGCGUACAAUUAUGCAAAUUUGGCUGAUAACAUGUUGCCGAUCUUUAGGACUAUGCCAAAUAGCGUCAGCUUGCCAAAUCAUCCGAGUUUCAUUAACCAGCUGGCAGCGGCCAUAACAACCACUACGGUGGGCGGCACGCACAAUGCUACGCCCACAACAACAAGCAGCAGCUCAGCCAUGCAAUCUGGCACAGCAUUGGCAGUAUCCAAUAAAUCGACGUGCAAGUCCAAAUCAAACAGCACUCAGGGAGGCAGUGCCCCCAUGGACUUGGAAAACGAUACAGAUGUGGAUGCCAACGAGAACACAACAAUGGCUGCACUAUCCGGACCAACUUUAAAGCCGACAGACAAGCUACCAGGUACAGCCCUAACGCUGCCGGAUGCGCAACUCUAUUUGAAUGGAUUGUUGCAUACGACGCCAAGCUAUUUGUACUUUCCCACGGCUCAAAAUGCUGCGGCAGUGGCAGCUGCUGCCUCGCCCAGCAACGCCACAGCAUCGGCGUCCAGUGCGACCAACGGGAAUGCACAAAUGCUCAUGGAUCCGACGGCAAUGAUGGCCGCUGCCAUGCAGCAGAUGCAUAGCAAUUAUGCGGCGGCUGGUUAUGCUGCAGCUGCAGCUGCUGCCGGUUUGCCCCCAGAGGCGGGCGGCGUGGUGCCGACCGCAGCAACGGGCGUGGAGGCUACUGGAGCUGAUGGUGCCACGCCUGUUGGUUUAAAGGAGGUAAUAAAAACCAAAAACUGCAUACUCUUUCCGCCCAAUCCGAAUGCACCGCCGCCAACCAUACGCGAGCGUCCUCCUGGAUGUCGCACGGUCUUUGUGGGCGGUUUACCUGAGAAUAUUACCGAAGAUAUAAUACGCGAGAUAUUCGAAUCGUGUGGGGAAAUCACGACGCUGCGCAUGUCUAAAAAGAACUUCUGUCACAUACGCUAUCGCCAUGAGACGGCCAUCGAUCGGGCCAUUUACUUAUCCGGCUAUCGCCUGCGCAUCUCCAGCAUUAAUGAGCCGCCAAACUUUGGGCGCUUGCACGUGGAUUACGCGCAGGCGCGUGAUGAUCAGUAUGAUUAUGAAUGCAAACAGCGGCAGCUGCAACGUGAGCAACGCCAUCGCGAGCGUAUGUCCCUGGACCGCCUACGAUCGCAAUCUCCGCCACCAAUACCACACUACACGGAUCACGAAGCCACGGUUGUUUCGGAAAAUCUACGGAACAACGAGACCUUCGUGAAAGCCAUACAAACCAUAACGGCCUGGCUGGAGCGCGGUGACUGCACCAAACGCAAUGCGAACGUAUUCUAUUCAAUGAUACAAAGCACGCAUGCGCAUGUCCGGCGUCUGCACGCAGACAAGCAGCAGAUGGAAGAGGACUUGCGCAAAGCUCGCGAAUGCUAUCGCAAGCAAAUGGGCACAAUGUCCACUCAAUUCACUCAGAUUGAAAAAGUGUUCGAGAAGUCUGUUCACAAGAAGGUUUGGGACCAUUUCACCAAAGCCCAAAGAAAAAACAUCGAUCAAUGGAAGAAAUUAGCCACGGAGCUCCGAGCCGUGCAAAUCGAUGAUGACGAGAUGGAAAUUUCGGAUGAUGAGCGAGACUACGAGAAGCGUGGCGGGAAACGCAUGCGGUAUGAUAGUGAAAGCCUUAAGGAUGAAAACGAUUCCCUGCGCUGUCAACUGGAGGCCAUACGCAAUGAGAUGUCGCUGGAGCGCACCGAUCUGAGGCACGAUAGUGUGCAGCGCGAGAAGCAAAUAAAAGUGCUGCAGGAGACAAUACGCAACAUGCAGACACAGCUGUUGCAAACAAAGCUGCGCGAGCAGAAGGAUGCCAAAACCAUAGAACAAUUGGAGCGUAAUCUGAAGGAGGCAGGUGUCAAGCAGCUACUACUCAAGACAAAGAUCAAGGAGACUGUGGACAAGCUAAAAGACAGAGAGGCUUUCAGUGCCAGCGCUUCAAAUACUUCCAAUGCUGAAUACAGCAGCGGCGAAAGCGAAGAAUGCGAGCGCAAGCAACGCAAUGGCAGGCAGGCAACAGACUCCUUACAAUCCGAGGAUCCAGAGAUUAUCGACAUCGACAAGGUAGACGAUGAUGUACGCAUAAUCGAGCAUCAAAGUGGCGUGGUCGAGAUUCACGAAAUCGAGGAUGACGAGAAACAGGAUGCGGCUGCAAAAACAACAGUUUCUGUUUCAACGGCAACGGAAUUAGAUCCAGCUGCUGUGGAACCGAUUCCAGCCGAUGAGAUGGUGAUUAACGAUGCCAAUAUUUUGCCCGCAAGAGCUGCACAGCAGUGUACUUUUAAGACAUUAGAACUUGCCGAGGCAAAGAUUAUCGCAUUAACUGCCGCCUAUCUUGUAAUGCAUCCGCGUGGCUUGAACAUUGAGAACAUUGUCAUCUAUUUGCGUGGCAUGCUUAUUAGGUCCUUGGAGCUAAAAGGCACCGACGAACUGACCAGCAUACUGAAAAAGUACCCAAAUCUGUUCAAGGCUGAUGAUGAGACGAAAUGGAGUUUUUGUGGUUUUAAUGAAACACCAGAUGCAGAUGCGGUAGAGCCGCACUGAGGUAUGGCGAAUAACAAUAACAACAGCACCAACAACAAGAGAAACAUGAACAAUUGAAUGCUUUAAUUAAGUUAUAAAUACCAAUGUAUUUUAUGCCUAGUGUUUAAGCAGAUCGCAAGUGAAAUGUUAACCAAAUUUUUGAUGCAAUCACAACAAUGAGACCAGUUUUUAAAUGGAAAGUACUCUUAGUUAACGUGCCGUAGUUAAACAUAGCUAAAUGACUUAAAUAAACAACAAGGAACUACCGUUUCAAUUAUUUAAACAAUUAGCAACAUAAAUGUAGGCAACUCGAUUAUACAAACAAUACUUGUACCGAUAUGCAAAAGAUAAUUGUAUAUUAUGGCAAAAACAAAGCACAUACGCAA